CAAGGCCAACGAUGAUGAAGCCCUAGCAGCCAAAGACUACAAGGGGAAAGAUGACGUGAACGAACCGGAGAACAAGCCGGAAGAAGUCGACGGAUUAGUUACUCAGAACCUAGAGAGAGAGCAUCAUCAGAGGGAAUUGAGGUACCGACCCGAAGACAGGACAUCUAAAGAGAAUAAACGAACGGAGAAUGAGUUGCAGCUCACCAUAGGAAACAGCAAGGGGAGACGGUAUGAAGAUUUGAACGCGGAAGUGACAGUCGCACUGGCAGACCCAUCCAGCACAAAAUAUCCACCAAUUCCAAUGAACCACCGUGAUCAAGGAGGACAUGACAUCACGCGAGAUGAUACGGAGCCUGGCAGAACCAAUGGAAGAAGGGAUGAGUUAGAUAAUGACGAGAUGAACCGGAGAGAAGAUCACCCGACGAUUGGAGAGAUGGAACCUCAAACCGAUGAACGAUGGCGACGAAAGAUGAAAGAAGCUGACGACAUACCCGACGACGCAAAGACCACAUAA